UUUUUCACCAGAACAGAUAUAUUACAUACUUAGCUCUAAUUUGUGGCCAGGCCAGUUGAAAUGAUUUGAACAGAAUCGGUUUUGCACUAAAUGGACGUUUGGAAUUGAGCAACUUGGAAGAGCAAAGUCAAGAGAGACUAUUUUUUAUUGUGUCUUCUUCAUAAAUUUCAAUUGAUGUAUUGACGUACUCAGUUUGGCUAAAAUAUUUUUAUUGCAUUUAUCAAUUUCCCGUCACUCUUACGAGUCUUGGUCAUGAUUCGUAUCAAUAGGAUACACGGAUAUAAACAUCCUCCAGAAAUAUGAUGUAUUCUGAACAUUACUCUAAAAUAUUUGAAAAGUACAAAUGGAAAAAGCAACAACAUCCACUAAAUUCUACCCAUUCAUGUCCAGUUACCAGUAAUGAUGUCCCUGGAAAUCGCACCAAACAGAAUCCCCAGGCUGCUUUAAAUUCAUCCAGUAUCAGGUCAUCUAAUUUGACAAGUGCAAGCAAAUUAAAAUCUCAUGUUUUGCUUAGUAUAGUUGAAGGAAGAGGUCAAUCAACUGGAGAAAUAGGUCUAGCUACUAUCGAUAUUUACUCAGCAAAUGUUGAAUUAUCACAAUUUCGUGAUACUAGCAGUUAUAGUCGAACACUUGUAAAACUACUUUUAUAUUGUCCUACAGAAAUAAUUCUUCCUAAAUCUGGUUUGGAUCCAAAUAGUUGUAUGAGGAAACUUGUGAAAAUCCUACUGUCUUUACGCAACGGUAUGACAUUAAAUGGUGUUAACAGAAAUCACUUCAAUGAUAAACAAGGUUUACACUAUUUAAGAAGAUUAUGCCAUCCACAUUACAUUCCAUCUAUAUACGCUAUUAAAGAGAAAUUUUAUGCUCUUUCAGCACUGUCUGCUUUACUUAAUUAUGCUGAAGAAAUUCAUGGACUUAUUUAUGCUCCGAAAUCAAUGAAAUUCUCAUUUACAGGAUCUGUUAAAUCUACUAUGAUUGAUUUCAAAAGUGCAAAUCAUUUACGUCUGGUUAGAAAUAAUUACGACUAUUCAGCCAAAGAUACACUUUAUUCAGCAAUAGAUUUCACCAGUACAGCUAGUGGUGCUCGAUUAUUACGAGCCAACUUGUUGGAACCUCCAUGUGACUUGGAAACAAUUUUGAAUCGACAAGCUUCUGUUCGUGAACUAAUAUCUUCACCAGAAACUUUGUUUAAUAUACAGAAUAUCUUACGUCAAUUCCCUCAUAUUGAUAGUCUUUUAUCACUUUGUGUUCAAAUAUGUUCAUCAUCAAAUUUAAUGUUUGAUUGGAAUAAUACUAUCAAUAACAGAAGUCAUACUAAUAUUAAUAAACAGAAUGCAUCGAAUCCAAUUGAAUUCAAUAACAAAACAGAUUCAUCUAGAUCAAAUAAAUCGAAUGAACGUUUAAUCAGUUCAACUAAAUUGUGUACACAAGAUAGCAUUACUCAUUCACCUUUAAUUAGUACAGUGAAAGAAAAAUCAACAGGUUUGCUAUUUGACAGGCCUACAAAAUCUUCAACUUUACUACCUGGAUCAUCAUCAUCAUUAAUAAUACCCAGUUCCGAGAAGCACUGUUUACCUAAAAGUGAUAUGAUCUAUUUAAAGAAAGCAGUAAACAUUCAAGCAGCUGAAUCUCGAAUUACAAAAGUUAUUGCAAUUAAAUAUAUGUUAGAUCUUGUCAAACUAUUGUAUAAUGCUAUGGGUGAUGUCAAAUCUACAUUGUUGAGAACAUAUAAAGAGCUUUUACAUGAUUCGGAAUAUGAACAUAUUUUACAAAUUUUGUGCACUGUACUACAUAAAGAUGUACGAAUGUCAAAAGGGAUGCUAGCUAUGAGAACACAGAAAUGUUUUGCAAUCAAGGAAGGAUUAAGUGUGGUAUUAGAUGUUACACGUAAAGCCUACUCAGAACAGCUUGAUGAUAUUACGAAUGAAGUUAGCAGACUUUCACAUCAAUAUAAUCUACCAUUGCGAAUAUCUCACAAUAAAGCUCGUGGAUUUUACAUUCAAAUACCUGAAGAAUCAUUAAAAACUUACACAAAAACAUCGUCAUCGAAAAUCAGUUAUGGCACUUCGACAUUGUCUAAUGACACUAAUUUUUUAAAUGAAAACAUCUUUAUUGAAGCAGAAGAGGAAGCAGAAGAAGAAGAGGACGAACAACAAGGAAAUAUCCAAGCAUGUAAAACAUUGCAUAGAACUAAUCGAAAUACUGUUCAUAAUAAAUAUCCUCAUAGGACUCUGACAACAUCCGAGCUUAGCAACAAUCCUGUACUUCAAAAUCUACCAGAUGAAUUUAAAAACCAUUUAUAUCAAAAAAUGUUGUACAUUGUACAACAGAUUCACUUAUUCGUUUAA